AUGCACGUCCCGACCUCUCUGUUCGCCGCUGUGCUUGCCUUUGCGGCUUUCGACCAAGCCAGCGCCGUGUGCAAAUGGGACCGUUGCUGCUACACAAACCCCAAAGGCCCGGGAGCAUGCCCUCCUCAACAAUGGCAUGUUAGCCUUUCGGGCGCAUACUGCGAGGUUACCAUAUGCCCAGUAGGGUGCACAAAUCUGCAGGUAAGUCUGAGAUGUUCACGAUUUCCCCUGAGAUUUUGGGAAGAUGCUUACCAUGUCUUCCAUCUCCCCCAGACUCUUUGGAUCAUCUACACCAUGGCAUCAGGCACGGGCGUCGCAAUCGCCGACGACAGCAUUCUGCGCAACGAACCAGCAACACCGAUGGCCGUCCUGGAAGAAAACAUUCCCAUGUCCAACAGCGAUGAUGCACGUGCCGAAGCGCCCGACCCUGCCGACUCCUACAGCAAGUUCGGACCCAAGCAGCGCAUCGUCAUCAUCGCCAUCGCAAGCACUAUCGGUGUGCUGAGCCCAUUGAGCUCCAACUUGUACACGCCCGCCAUCCCGGCCGUCGCCGAGGACCUGGGAGUGUCGACCGACGCCGUCAACCUGACCAUCACGUCGUACCUGAUUUUGCAAGGCAUCAGCCCUACCCUGUGGAGCGUCGUCGGCGACAACACAGGCCGUCGGCUGCUUUACCUGAUCGCCCUGACCGUGUACCUGGGUUCGUGCGUCGGCCUCGCCCUGUCGCCCAACUACCCGGCCGUCCUCGCCCUGCGCGCCGUCCAGGCCGUGGGCUCGGCCUCCACGACGGCGAUCGGGGCCAGUCUGAUCGGCGAUUUGAUCCACGUCAGCCAGCGCGGCGGGUGGAUGGGCAACUACAGCGCGAUGGGCGGCGCCGGCACCGCGUUUGGCCCCGUGCUCGGCGGUCUUUUUGCUCAAUACACGGGCUGGCGCGGCAUGUUUGUGUUUAUGGCUGCGCUGGCGGGGUUUCUGUUGGUGACGACGGCGCUUCUGCUGCCGGAAACCAAGCGCGACAUCGUCCAUGACGGCUCCGUCCCGGCUCCGUGGUACCUGCAGCCCCCCGUCAAGUGGUUGGAUGCUCCCAGGUCCGGGCAUCAUGCCACAGCGAGGGCCAACGCCGGCAGGUUCAAGAUGGACCUCAAGGCACCGGUGCGCCUGCUCGUCGAACCCGAAUGUCUUUGCGUGGUCCUUUUCACGGGGGUGAUUUUCGCCGUGUGGCAAGCAACCAUGGUCGCGACGGCGACCCUCUACUCCGAGCGCUACGGCUUGAGCGAGACGAACAUUGGGCUGACUUAUAUCUCCAACGGCGUCGGGUCCCUCUGCGGCAGUGUCCUGACCGGGAAGCUGCUGGACCGCGAGUAUAGGCGACAGCUGCGCAGAGAGCAGAAGAUGCAGGACGAGGCGAACCAAGAGCAACAAGAUCGCCACCAAGAGGUGCAGCACAUCGAGCUGGCGCGCAUCAAGCCAUUAGUGAUACCUACAUUUGUUUUUCUGAUCUCGGUCGUCGCCCUCGGCUGGAUAAUGGAGUACCAUGUCCACAUUGCUGCGUCCAUCACCGUGGCGUUUUUCGUCGGUGGUCUCAGCACCAUCACCUUUGCGGGUUUCUCAAUCCUCAUCGUCGACCUGUUCAAGAGCCAGAGCUUCAGCGCCACAGCUUCCAUGAAUCUGUCGCGUUGCCUCAUCGCCUCUGGCGGAACUGCCGCGAUUGGACCUUUGAUCCGGGCCGUCGGUGUGGGCUGGGCGUUUACCACUUGUGCGGCCGUCGGUCUGGCAUCAUGCUCUCUUGCGCUGGCCGAGUUGUGGCGUGGAAGACACUGGCGGGCGAAACGAUUUGCGGCAAAGCAAGCAUAG